AUGUGUCUAUAUCGGUCCAAUUUCUACACAGCAUGUUGCUGUUACGUUCUCCUCAACUUACGGUCCCCAGCACAUCGAUGCCAGGGUCCCCGUGACAGUCGCGGUGUUUGCCCGGUGCAAAACCAUCACCCCCUCGAGGUCACAAAUGUAGAGAGACUUUGUGGACGAUGCGAUAGGAUUAGGAUCGAAAAAGGAAAAAUCUGGAAGCUUACGAAUGAGACACUUCCGGCUGCUGAAGCUGCUGGACAGAAGGCAAACUAUGUUAAGUUCAUGGGGGAUCUGGCGGAAGCCCACGAGAAGCUAUCGAAAGCGAUUGCUAGUGGGCCGUAUAAUUGA